AUGUCAUCUCUGAACACCACCGCCUUCUCCCAGCAUCCUUCUUUCCUGCUGGUCGGCAUCCCUGGGCUGGAGAAGGAGCAGUUCUGGAUCGCCUUCCCCUUCAGCGUUAUGUAUGCCAUUGCUGUGGUGGGGAACAUCGCCCUUCUGGUCUUCAUCAAGACCGUGCCAAGUCUGCACGAGCCCAUGUACCUCUUCCUGGCCAUGCUGGCCUUCACUGACCUGGUCCUCUCCACAUCCUCCCUACCCAAAAUGCUCAGCAUCUUCUGGCUGGGCUCCAGGGAGAUCAGCUUUCAUGCUUGCCUCGCUCAGAUGUUCUUCAUUCACUGCUUCUCCAUCAUGGACUCAGGAGUGCUGUGGGCCAUGGCCUUCGACCGCUUCGUGGCCAUCUACAACCCACUGCAAUAUGCAUCAAUACUGACCAACUCCCGGAUAGGUCUCAUUGGGCUGGGGCUCGCGGUGAGGAGCGUUAUCCUCUUGAUCCCCUUGCCAGUUCUCCUGACCAGGCUGCCGUUCUGCAGGUCCCGUGUGCUCGCUCACUCCUUCUGCCUGCACCCCAACUUAAUCCAGCUGCCGUGUGCAGAUGUGCGGGUGAACAGCAUGUAUGGCCUAUUCGUCCUGCUGGCCACGUUUGGGCUAGACUCGCUCUUUAUUGUCCUCUCUUACGUUAUGAUCAUUAAGACUGUGCUGAGUAUUGCAUCCAAGGAGGAGCGCCUCAAGGCCCUGAACACCUGCAUCUCUCAUAUCUGUGCUGUCCUGAUUUAUUACAUCCCCAUGAUCGGCUUAUCCAUGGUGUACAGGUUUGGGAAGCAUGUACCUCCUCUGAUUCACGUCCUCAUGGCCAACAUCUACCUUCUUGUGCCCCCUGUGUUAAACCCCAUUAUUUACAGUAUGAAAACUAAACAGAUCCGCAGAGGCAUAUGCAAACUACUAACUCCAAAAUGA